UUGUGAUGGGCAUGACAAACUGAAACCAUAUGGAUUUUCUAUACAUGGCUGCAUUGAUGGGAGUCCCUCGAUUGCUACGCUGUGACUAUGGAACUGAGAACUGUGAUCUGGCCUACAUUCAGCUAUUCUUCCGAAGAAAUCAUAAUGACAGCAGGAGUAGGUUGAGCAGCUUCCGUUACGGGAGGUCAACAUCAAACCAAAGAAUCGAGGCACUGUGGAGUCAGUUGCUAAAAUCUUGCAUUUAUUGGUGGAUUGACUUUUUUCAAGGCUUGAUGUACAAUGACUUGUACGAUAACACAAGCAUCCCUGAACGAGAUUGCCUCCGAUUUUGCUUCUUUCAUCUCAUUCAAUUUGACUUGGAUCGAUUUUAUUGGGAAUGGAACACUCAUAGAAUUCGUAAAAGCAACACUGCAAACACAGCAGGUGGAAUACCAAAUGAGUUGUACUUCACUCCGGAGUCCUCAG